GUUGGCAGCGUUCCUCCUGCGCAAAUCCCGGGAUGCUGGUUGCCGUGGUUUCCCAGAUCACAUGCACGGCUUUAUUGUAGCCAGCAGCGGAAAAAAAAGAUGCCAGCUCUUGCCAUUUUUACGCCUGCAAAUUAGAGGACACGAUCGGACACGCGCGGAAAUAUAGAUGCAGAUGGUGGAAUAGCGAGAAAUCCGUCGCGCGCUCUCUGACGCGGCAUUAAUACUUUCAGCAGACGCGGCGAAAUAGCGGACCGAUUUGAUUUGAUUUUUUUUUAAGCGCAAGAUCGGGCCGAAUUUUGCGCACAUUUCAUCAGGAAUGAGUAUAGAAAUCCCCGAGGGCUUGACGGAGCUUUUGCAGAGCUUUACCGUGGAGGUCCUGAGGAAUCAGCCCGGGGAUCUGCUGGAGUUCGCCCUGCAGUACUUCACCCGGCUCAAGGAGAAUGAGACCCGCGGCGGCGCGUUCGGCAAUGAGCACAAUUCGGCCGGUCGAACGGGCAAAGCCGUCAACUUCAUUGAGGAGGCCAUGCAGAUCGACUCUGAGAACGGAGAGGAAGAUGAUGAUGAUGAAGAAUUCGUAGCUCCUGUAAUCAACAGAUUUGUCCGGAGAGCUUCUGUGUGUGCGGAGGCGUAUAACCCUGAUGAGGAUGAAGAGGAGAGGGAACCAAGGGUCACUUACCCUAAAACAGACGAGCAGAGGCAAAGACUACAGGAAGCCUGCAAAGACAUCAUACUGUUCAAAAACCUGGACCAGGAACAGAUGUCCGAAGUGUUGGAUGCCAUGUUUGAGAAGGUAGUUGUGACAGGGGAGCGCAUUAUCGAUCAAGACGACGAUGGCGACAACUUUUACGUCAUUGAGAGAGGAACGUUUGACAUUCUGUUGAAGGCGGAGGGCACCACGCGGACCGUGGGAUGUUAUGAUAACCGCGGGAGUUUUGGAGAGCUCGCCCUCAUGUAUAACACCCCAAGGGCGGCCACCAUCAUUGCUACCUCAUCUGGAGCCCUGUGGUGUCUAGAUCGAUUGACAUUCAGAAGGAUCAUUGUAAAAAACAAUGCGAAGAAAAGAAAAAUGUACGAGGCUUUUAUUGGGACCCUUCCACUGCUCACGUCACUGGAGGUUUCAGAGAGAAUGAAAGUUGUUGAUGUUUUGUCAACCAAAGUAUACAAGAGUGGGGAACAGAUCAUCGCUCAGGGUGAUUUGGCUGAUUGCUUCUACAUCGUAGAGUCAGGACACGUCAGGAUUGCUAUGAAGAGAAGCAAAUCAAAAAAUGAAACUGAGGAUGAAGAAGUGGAGAUUGCCAUGUGCUCCAGGGGGCAGUAUUUUGGAGAGUUGGCUCUUGUCACCAACAAACCACGGGCAGCAUCUGCAUAUGCUGUGGACAACGUCAAAUGCUUAGCAAUGGAUGUGCAGGCGUUUGAGAGGUUAUUAGGCCCCUGCAUGGACAUCAUGAAACGGAACAUUGCGAAUUACGAAGAGCAGCUGAUCACACUCUUCGGGAGUCAAAUCGCAAUAGAGGAGCCGACUGCAUGAAAUCAGUAAAUCAAUAAAC